CAUGUGGCGCCGUAGGUGGGAUGCCGGCGUCCUGAAGGCAGAGGCCCUGGCCCUCCUUCCCUGCGGCCUGGGCAUGGCGUUCUCCCAGUCCCACGUGAUGGCCGCCCGGCGGCACCAGCACAGCCGGCUCAUCAUCGAGGUGGACGAAUACAGCUCCAACCCCACCCAGGCCUUCACCUUCUACAACAUCAACCAGGGCCGCUUCCAGCCGCCGCACGUGCAGAUGGUGGACCCGGUGCCUCAUGACGCCCCCAAGCCACCCGGCUACACCCGCUUCGUCUGUGUCUCCGACACCCACUCGAGGACGGAUCCGAUCCAGAUGCCCUACGGUGACGUGCUCAUCCAUGCUGGCGACUUCACGGAGCUGGGGCUGCCGAGCGAGGUGAAGAAGUUCAACGAGUGGCUCGGCAGCCUGCCCUACGAGUACAAGAUUGUGAUCGCCGGCAACCACGAGCUGACCUUUGACCAGGAGUUCAUGGCCGACCUCAUCAAGCAGGACUUUUACUACUUCCCGUCCGUGUCGAAGCUGAAGCCCGAGAACUACGAGAACGUGCAGUCACUGCUGACUAACUGCAUCUACCUGCAGGACUCCGAGGUGACCGUGCGCGGCUUCCGGAUCUAUGGCUCCCCAUGGCAGCCCUGGUUUUAUGGCUGGGGCUUUAACCUCCCACGAGGCCAAGCCCUUCUGGAGAAAUGGAACCUCAUUCCUGAAGGUGUAGACAUUCUAAUAACCCACGGACCACCGCUGGGCUUCCUGGACUGGGUCCCCAAGAAGAUGCAGCGAGUGGGCUGCGUGGAGCUGCUCAACACGGUGCAGAGGCGCGUCCAGCCGCGGCUACACGUCUUUGGCCACAUCCACGAAGGGUAUGGUGUCAUGGCGGACGGGACGACUACCUAUGUGAAUGCAUCCGUGUGCACUGUGAACUACCAGCCUGUGAACCCGCCCAUAGUCAUCGACCUCCCCACACCCCGGAACUCCUGACUGCUCCCCGCUGCCCAGCCCUGCCUGCCUGUGUCAGCUACAUACACCUGGCCGAGAGCACGGACCCCCACCACCCUUCCUUCCAUGCAG